UGAAGGAUUUGAGAAUCCUAGCAUAUCUGGCAAACGAAAAGUUUCUCUCAAACCCUAACAACCAAAUAUACUUCAAUUUCCUUGUUUUGGUAUUUUUGCAUCUCCCGGCCAAAAGAUAUAUAUUACACACUAUGUGAUGAAUCCCUUAAUUUUUAGUUCCCCACCAAAUUGACAACCUCAGAAUAUCAUCACAUCUUGUAUGAUCCUCUUAUGCUGUGAUAAUAUUCCUUGUAUUAGUCAAAUUGGAAAGGGCAAGUAGAAAGAGCUGCAGGCACAUGCUUAUUUGGGAGAAAAAGAUUAUAAAUAAAAAGAUUGCAAUGGAUGAUGAAAACAAGAAGUGGAUUCACAGGGAGACAGAGAAACAAAGAAGGCAAGAAAUGGGUAAACUCUGCACCACCCUUAGAUCGCUUCUCCCUUUAGAAUAUAUUAAGGGAAAGCGCUCAACUUCUGAUCACGUGAAUGAGGCUAUCAAUUACAUCAAUCACUUGCAAAACAAGGUGAAGCAGUUACAGUAUAAGAGGGAUAAGUUAAUGAAGGAGGUACCUAAUUUGCACACUACUACUGGCCCUGAAAAUGAAUGCUCACCCACCCAUCUUCAGCCAUUUGUUAUCGUUCAUCCUUUCCCUGGAGGAGUUGAGAUUGUGUGCAGUUACAGCUUAAAGUGUGUGUUCCCUUUGUCAAGAGUGCUAGACAUUUUGCUUAAGGAAGGGCUUGAUGUGGUAAGCAGCACUUCCACCAAAAUAGAUGAGAGAUUCAUACACACUAUUAUAUCAGAGGAUCCAAGUCAUCUAAAUAUACUUGAUACUGAUUACUCUGAUCAACUUCAAAGAAAGCUGACCGAGGCAAUAUCAUCUACAGGAGUGGGAGAGACUUUGCCUGAACCUCAAAUUUGCUAAUAUCUUUGAGAAAAUGUGUUAGUUGGAAUUUUCUGAUUGCACAUACUGUUAACUCGAGUGAUUUGUACAAAAGUGAGCAUGUUACAUUUCUGCCACCAAGAACUAGUGCAAUCCUAGUCUAGAGUACUGGAGCUAAUUCAAGGUUUAACUUCACCUUGGUCAUGCAGAGCUAGCAGUACUCUAUGAGGUUAUUAAUCUUGUUUUCAUGGUUAAGAUGCAUAUGAUUCAUUUUAGAUGUUCAA